AUGGCUCGCGGAAGGGUUCAGCUGAAGCGUAUUGAGAACUCAGUGCACAGACAAGUUACCUUCUGCAAGCGUCGAGCAGGGCUUCUUAAGAAGGCUAAGGAGCUCUCUGUGCUGUGCGAUGCUGAAAUUGGCCUUGUCAUUUUCUCCGCUCAUGGAAAGCUCUAUGAACUCGCCACCAAAGGAACCAUGCAAGGGCUUAUAGAGAGGUACAUGAAGUUCACACGACCUGAAGCGGUCCCCGAAGCACUUCCUCUGGAUGCUAAAGAGGAAACCCAUAUCCUAAAACAAGAAAUCGAAACAUUGCAAAAGGGUAUCAGGUACUUGCUUGGAGGAGGAAUUGGGACAAUGACAAUUGAUGAGUUACAAGUGGUAGAGAAGAAUCUCGAAAUUUGGAUUUAUCAGAUUCGUUCAAUGAAGAUGAACAUCAUGUUACAAGAAAUUCAAGCUUUGAGAGAUAAGGAGGGGACACUUAAAGCGGCAAAUAAAUAUCUCCAGGAUAAGAUUGUGGAGAAUACUGCAGUGACUAACUUUGAUCCUUUUGGUACUGAUUUUUCGUACCCACUAAUUAUACAAGAUGGAAUUUUUCAGCUCUAG